AUGAGAGUUUAUAUUGCGCUCACGCUUAUGUCUUUUACUGCGCGCUUUGGAGUGUCCCAGUAUCUUCUGCGGGUGCGUCCAUCUCCCAGUGAUCACCUGCCCGUGCUGGAUCUGAAGGAGGACUUAAACCGCGAUGGGGAACCCUCUGAGGAAGAUCUCUCUGUGCCAAACCUGAAAGGCAAACUUGGAGACAGUUUUGAUUCCACUCGAAUGUCGAUCGGUCCACCGACUCAUGGAAAUCUAUCCCUAAAACAUUCACGCAUCAGUCUCACUGGACACAUGCCGCGUGAACUGAGAAAGCUGAACUUGAAUGACCGCAUGUACGGCCAACGUCUCAAAAUAAACAAAAUAAACCGUCAGAAAUUCCGCAGGUGGCUCUGGGCACACACGUAUUGCCCCGUCUUGCCAGUCUGGAAGGACCUCGGGGUGCGCUUCUGGCCACGUUACAUCAAAGAAGGACGUUGCACUCGCAAAUAUUCAUGCUCUGUACCAAAGGGAAUGUACUGCAAGCCUAAUCGAUCUGUUCACGUCACGCUUCUUCGGUGGCGUUGCCAAGGCUCUUCCAAGCUCCGGCGUUGCUACUGGAUCCACGUACAGUAUCCCGUAAUCUCCAAGUGUGAGUGUUCGUGCUGA